CGGCAUCCAGGACUUCAGCAGGCCGGUGCUCGAAGGCCCCGACGAAGGGAGGCGAACCUUCCUGGAGCACGCGGUAGCGAGCAGGCUUGCAGAGGAGGCGGAGGUCGGCGUCCGGAUGCAGAGCACCGGCAGGGCCGCGUGGCCGGUGGCCUACGUCGCCACCAGGGUGUUCGCCAGCUUCCCGGCCACCGAGCGCAUCUUCUGGGGAGUCAUGUGCAAGGCCUGCCCGUAUUUGAUCCCCGACUUCGCCGGCAGCCUGCCCGGGCGCCAGGGCCCAUGCCCGGCGCAGGGCGCGGGGGAGCCGUUCAGCGAGUUCGCCGACCGCAUGGUGGGCUACCUGCGGCUGUGGCUGGCCGUGCUGGUCCUGCAGGAGGACACCGCUGCGAUGUGGUGGUGGCUGUCGCGCACGCUCAACACGCCCCCGUGCGCGCUGUCGGGAGAGCGCUGCUGCAGUGCGCCCUGGAGAUGAUCGGCGCGGCGGCGCAGGCCCGCUUCGGGAGGCAGUUCCAGAAGCUGGCCGCGCACAUCGAGAGCGUGUACAUCCCGGGGCUGCAGGCCGUCAAAGCUUCCGGGGAGGACAUGGACCGACUGCGCGCCAGCCUGUCGCGGCUGCGGCUCUGGCUGGAGAGCUUCCGCGCCUCUGGCAGGGCGCCCGAGCCGGAAGGAGGCGGCGCGUGGACGCGACCGAGGAGGCAGAGCUGA